AUGAAGACCAAGACCAAAAAGAAAGAAAUACUGGAGAAGAAAAAAAAGGAGAACAAGAAAUUCCUAAGGUUUGUAAAGACGAACCAAAAAUAUGAAAAGUUCCAGAAAGCAAUAUUAAAUGCAAAGGGAUCCCAAAUCAACCAUAAUAAUAAAAAGGGAACACAAAAAAUAAAAAUAAAGACCAAAGAAAAUAUGCCCAUUCAUGUCAAGACAUUUGAAAAUAUCAUUGAACCGAGCACAUUCUCUAAAGCAUAUGAUUUUAUAUUUGACAAGGUAGUGAAUGACCAUGUGAAAAAUCUCCUCUACGAUACGCACAUGUUGUACUGCAAUUUUGAUUUAUCCACCAUAUACAACGUAGGAAAGGCCUAUAAUUUCCCGAUCAAUUUAAUUCAUCCCUACUACAUGGAUGUGAUUAUCUUCGUGAGCGAUGAAAGCGAGAAAUGGAGAAACAUGGUUAUAGAAAAUAAAAUAAAGAGGGUAAAAAAGGUUAUUACGUAUGACAAAUUCGAAGGCGUCUACUACAAAGAAGAUAUGCUAAAGGAGCAGAUAAAUAAAUACGACUUGUUCAUUUUUGAUGCUAGCAUACGCACGAAGAAAUAUUCCCACCUCAUUUCCAGGAUUAAGAAAAACAACAAAAACUUCACAACGUUGCAAUUAGACGAAGAAACAUUUGUGGACAGUGUAGACAAGGUUAUAAGAAGGACCUAUACCGACCUGAAUAAAGGAUCAACACACUCUGUCCCCAUCGGGUAUCUUAGCCUAGGAAAGGAUAAGCUCUUUGAUAACAUACGGGAGACGACCAAAGGAAUGCUCCAGUUUUAUGAACAAAAAAAAAUGUCAGUGGUGUCCAUCAACUUAAGGUACGUAAACAUGACAAUCCCCGUGUACAUACACGUCUUAAAGGAUGGUAUCGCAACAGAGUACUAA